AUGGAGACAACACCUGUCAUACUCUCUGACAUCACUACUACCAUCAGCGGAGUGAUCGGCGACUUCGAUCAGAGCUCUGUACUAUGGGCCCUUAUUGUUGGUAUCAUACUCGCAUUUUUAUUGGGAAAUGGCAUGGGAGCAAACGAUGUUUCAAAUGCGUUUGGUACAUCAGUUGGAUCCGGUGUUCUGACCAUGGUUCAGGCAUAUAUUUUGGCAUCAAUUUUUGAAGCAUUGGGUUCUAUACUUGUUGGUUGGAGUGUAGCGGACACAAUGAGAAAAGGUGUUGUGGAUACAUCACAAUACGCAGAUGAUCCAAAGGAAUUACUAUUGGGACAAGUUGCUAUUCUUGGAGGUUGCGCUGCUUGGCUUCUGAUAGCUACCGUACUCCAUAUGCCAGUUUCCACAACUCAUUCGUUAGUUGGCGCAACAAUAGGAUUUUCAAUAGUUCUUCGAGGUUUGGAAGGUAUUCAAUGGAUGACUAUUGUGAGGAUUGUUUGUUCCUGGUUUCUUUCUCCCAUACUUUCUGGAAUAAUAUCUUCAAUAAUCUACAUGAUUGUAGAUCAUACCGUCUUGCGAACCGGGGACCCUUUGAAAAAUGGGUUGCGUGCUCUUCCGGUGUUUUAUUUUGUAUGUAUGGCAUUCAAUGCACUGGUCGUAUUUUGGGAUGGUUCAAAACUUCUUCACUUCAAUGAGAUUCCAGCAUGGGGAAUCGCUGCAAUAGUAAUUGGCGUCGGAUGUGUUGCAGCCGCACUUGCACAUUUUGUUUUAAAGCCAAGAAUUAAAUCAAAUAUCAAAGGAUCAAAAGUUCAAUCAACGCCAUCAAGAUUUUCUGAUGUUGAAUCAGCCAAUGAUUCGGAAAAGUUAAAAGGACUGCCUGAACAAAAAUUGCAAAAUGUACAACAACGAAAGACUCCAUCUGGAAAAAUUCGAAAAUUCUAUGUUUGGCUUCUCCCAGACCGUACUCGUGUUGAUGGUCGUAACAUCACAAAGUUAUUUUCCACAAUUCAAGUGUUCACAGCGUGUUUUGCUGGAUUUGCUCAUGGAGCCAAUGAUGUCAGUAACGCUAUUGCUCCGCUUGCAGCAAUUAUUUCAAUCUAUCGAACAAAGUCUGUCGAGCAAACCGAAUCAGUUCCAAUUUAUGUCCUCUUAUAUGGAGUAUUUGCUAUUUGUGUAGGAUUAUGGUUAUUCGGUCAUUAUGUUAUAAAAACCGUCGGUACAAAUAUGUCGGAAAUCAAUCCAGCAAGUGGAUUCACAAUUGAAUUUGGAGCAGCGAUGACAUCACUUCUUGCCAGUAAAGUUGGACUUCCACUCAGUACAACACAUUGUUUGGUGGGAAGUGUGGUGGCAGUUGGAAUGAUACGUUCUGAAAAUGGUGUUAAAUGGUCAAUAUUUCGAGAUAUUGCCAUAUCGUGGGUUGUCACUCUUCCAGUUUCUGGUUUGAUAUCAGCUGGAAUAAUGUUUGUCAUCAAAUGGGCUGUUCUGUAG